AUGUUGUCCAUUGCUCGAAAGGUGUCGACCCCCAUGGUCGCACGCUUGGCUGCUCGAUCGACACCGCUUGUUCGUCCCAUGGUGGCUGCUCGUCGUCAAUACAAUGCCUAUAACAAUGAUGCUGCUGCUGCUGAAAAGGAAACCAUUGUCAAGUUGCUUUACAACAUUGGUUCUCGCAAGGAGGUGGAACAAUAUUUGCGUCAUUUUUCAUCCGUCGAGUCUCAAAAGUUUGCUGUCAUCAAGGUUGGCGGUGCUGUAUUGACUGAUGAGUUGGAGACCCUCGCAUCGGCUUUGACGUUCUUGAAUCGAGUUGGUUUAUAUCCCAUCGUCUUGCAUGGUGGUGGACCUCAAUUGAAUCGUUUGUUGGAGGAUGCUGGUGUUGAACCACAAUAUGAGGAAGGCAUUCGUAUCACUGAUGCUACAACCAUGGAGAUCGCUCGCAAGGUGUUCAUGGCCGAAAACCUCAAGCUUGUCGAUGCCCUUGAACGUCAUGGUACUCGUGCUCGUCCUAUCCCUGGCGGUGUAUUUUCAGCUGAAUAUCUCGACAAGGACAAGUAUGGCUUUGUUGGUAACAUCACGGGUGUCAACAAGGAUGCUAUUGAAUCAUCCAUUCGUGCUGGUGCAUUGCCUAUCUUGACAUCGCUUGCUGAAACUCCUGAUGGCCAAAUCCUUAACGUGAAUGCUGAUGUCGCUGCUGCCGAACUUGCCACUGUUUUGGAACCCUUGAAGAUUGUAUUCUUGAAUGAAAAGAAUGGCUUGUACCACGGUGUCACCGGCAAGAAGAUCGUUACCAUCAAUCUUGAUGAGGAGUAUGAGGACUUGAUGAAGGAACCUUGGGUCAAAUAUGGCACUCGUCUCAAGAUUCGUCAAUGCAAGGAAUUGUUGGAUGGAUUGCCACGCUCAUCUUCGGUGGCUAUUAUCUCGGCUAGCCAUUUGCACAAGGAAUUGUUCACUGAUUCUGGUGCCGGUACUUUGAUUCGCCGUGGCCACAAGUUGUUCAAGUACAACAAGCUCGAUCAAGUUGAUCCUGAUAAGAUUCGCCGUAUCAUGGAGAGCGAAGAUCCUGUUGUCAAGUCUGGUGAAAUGUCCGUUGCCAGCUAUUUGCGUGAAUUGCAACGCAAGAACGUUACCUUGUAUACGGAUGAACCUGGUCAAGUGAUGGCUAUUGUUACUACCGAUCCUGCCGAUCCAUCUAAGCCAGCUGUGCUUGAAAAAUUGCUUGCCAGCAAGACUGCCGUGUUGAACAAUGUGCCCGAUAAUUUGUGGAGUUCCAUUCGCAAGGAUCAUGAUGUGUUGACAUGGCGUGUGUCCGCAAAGGCUGAGGAUGGCAACCUUGAUCAAUCAUGGCAUUUUGAACGUGCUGAUGGCUCUCUUCGCAACCCACAAGAUGGCAGCACUAUGUUCUUUUAUGGUAUCCAAGAUUCGGAACGUGUCAAGCAGACCCUGGAUCGUUUCAAGGGUGGUGCUGCCAAGGCCCCUGCAGGUGCACGUGCUUUUUCCACCUUUGCUCAACAACGUCGUAGCUACUCUACCGUCAAGACUGCCAAUGUUGGUUUGAUCGGUGCUCGUGGUUAUACAGGUCGUGAGCUUAUCAACAUUAUCAACAACCACCCCAACCUCAACCUUACCCAUGUCAGCUCGCGUGAAUUGGAAGGCAAGCCUCUGGAAGGUUACACCAAGUCAUCCCUCUCCUAUGUCAACCUCAAGCCAGAGGAUCUCACUGCUCAAAAGGAAGUUGAUGCCUGGGUAUUGGCUUUGCCCAAUGGCAUUUGCCCUCCCUUUGUCAAGCAAGUCGAUCAAGCUGUCAAGGAAAACCGCUCCCCUGAAAAGGUCUUGAUUGAUCUUGGUGCUGAUUAUCGCUUCACUGAUGAAUGGACUUAUGGUCUUCCUGAAUUCAACCGCAAAAACUUGGUUGGUGCCACCCGUAUUGCCAACCCUGGUUGCUAUGCCACUGGUGCUCAAAUGUCUUUGCGUCCUCUUCUUCCCUUCCUUGACAAGUAUGCUGCUCCUACCGUCUUUGGUGUUUCUGGCUACUCUGGUGCCGGCACCAAGCCUUCUCCCAAGAACGAUCCCGAAGUUUUGCGUGACAACUUGCUCCCUUACAGCAUGACCAACCACAUUCAUGAACGUGAAGUGUCUCAUCAACUUGGCACACCUGUCAACUUUAUUCCCCACGUGGCUUCCUAUUUCCAAGGCAUCCAACUCACCGUCAAUGUGCCUCUUGGAAAGUCCAUGAACGCCAAUGAUGUUCGCAACGUCUUCCAAGAAUUCUACCAAGGUGAAAAGUUGGUCAAGGUAUUGGAGAGUGGUGAGCCUUAUGUCCGUGACAAUUCUGGCAAGCACUUUGUUCGUAUUGGUGGCUUCAGUGUUCAUCCCGAUGGCAAGCGUGUUGUUGUUGCCGCCACCAUCGACAACCUUUUGAAGGGUGCUGCUACUCAAGCUGUUCAGAACUUGAACAUUGCUCUUGGCUUUGACGAAUAUGCCGGCAUUCCCAUCGAGUAA